AAGGCUGUUGAACGCGGAGAGUUUCAAGCCUUCAUCCCCCUCUUGCCCUCCCGCUUUCUUGAUCUCCUCGACCCACACUUUCUUUCAACUCAAUAUCCACCUCACUCACUCAUUCCAGACGUCGAAUCCAGGGCAUUUUGUUUCUUUCGCCAGAAGCGUCCAGACAAGCUUUUGUUCGCCAUCUUAUCAGUCAUACGACUAGACCGGAGUUGGAUGGCGCAUGUCUCAGUUGAUUAGCAACGGAUUGAGGCGAACCCUCUCCUUCGAUCGCAUUUGAUCUCACGACUCAGGGCAAAGCUUUUUCAACAGCUCAGGAACACGCCAGCUCAGGCUCCCCAUAUACGUUUGAACGGAAACGUUCCUUCUUGGUCUCGACCGGUUUUACGACAGGAUGCCUUUCGAUUACGAAGCAUACCAAAAGAAAUGCAAUGUUAUGACUGCGGAGCAACUCCAAAAGGAAUGGGAAAACUACACUCGCCAGAUUUCCGCUGGGGCGACCGGGACAGCCACCUCUGUCCUCUUGAUGCCAUACACAGCAGGCAUAUCGCUUGUAGGUCUGGGUGUUUCGGCUCCACGCAUUCAUAAUGCUCGCAAGAAGAUGGAAAUCAUCGAGGCCGGCCUCCAAGCUCGAGGCGCCUCUCCACAUACUCGGAAACGAGACGUGCUGGCCGCCGUAGGUGUAUCGGGAGCGGUCAGUGGCUUGACUCUUGGCAUCGUGCCACCCGGAACGGCUGAUCUGGCCAUCGGAGCUGCAGUUCAUCAUGGACUUGAGUAUGCAAGCACUCAGGCCGCUCUUGGUGGUUCGGGUGCUGUUCUCGUUCAUACUCAUGAUGAGUAUGUCAGGAAGAAAGCAGCAGAAGAUGAGAUCAAGCUUCAGCAGACAAUGGAUCAUUUGAAUCUCGACGGUGCACUGGCAGAAUCUAGUGUGUAUAAUCCGAUGCUGCAUACUUCGCAUACCUGGCCUAUGGACUCUGCAAGCAUAGCAGACACGGUAAAAACUGGACCUGUUGCUACGCCUUUUGUAGAUGAAGACUCGGUAUUGUUUCAACCAACUUUUGACCAUGUCGCGCAGAGCCAGUCUCUUCCGAACCCUCAGCCAAUUCCGAAUUCGAUCAGCCAUGAUGGUGAGCAUGUUCCCCUGACCGAGGCGCAACUGGACAUGUUGCGUAGGAUGGAGCUAUUGCAAUUCGAAAUGGAGAAACGCCGAGCAGGAUUCCAGGAACCUGCAGCCGAACCAUCAUUUCAGCAGGCAAGUCAAGAGCAUGGGUUGACUUCUCCUGCCCAAGUUGACGGUCAAGGCCUUGGGAUCUUGGGACUAAAUCAUCUCCACUCGAGUCCAAUCCUCGCACCUCAACUAUCAAAUCACUUGGCACAGCCAGAGCAGCUCGAUCUUCUGUCAUCGCCACCGCAUUUCGCCAGGCCGAAUCUAUAUCCCCGCUCGGAAAGUCUGCCUGUCAACCUGUCAGCUAUCCAAGAUCGUCCUCGAGACGACCAAGAGGAGCAAUUACCCUCUUACCAACCACAAUAUAUCGCUCCAAUGUCUCAAGUUGAAACGAGUUCCCAGUCAAACAAUUAUACACUCUCGACGAAACCGCCAUUACCACCUCGUAACCAUACACAAGAUAGCGGGUACCAUUCUUUGACAUCGACACCUUCGAUGACCAAUUCCACUCUACAGUCGACAUAUCCCACACAAAAUUUCCUUUCCACACAAGUCUCUUCGCCACAACCUUAUGCUUCCCCAUCCGAUCUAGCCAGGAAGCCUAUGCCUUCAACAAUGGACUCAGGUCUCCACCGUCACAGCCACGUCACCAAAAGACACCGCGCCUCAGAACCAUCAAUAUCGUCUCCUUCAGCAUCUGUUCCGCCAGCCCCUUCUCGAUUGGGCUCCAUACCACCACCUCCUCCAUACACUCAUACUCCUCCACCAAGCGUCGUUGUCACUGCAGAUAGAUGUGAGGUGUCGAAAGACUACUUCAGCCUGCAGAAUUCUGGGGACGCUUCUUCGUCGCCUCGUCCCUCACUUGCCAAGAAAAAGAGUCAGGCUAUCUUGAAGGGGGUGAAUCAAGGGUGGCAGUGGGCCAAAGCUCUACCCAUUCCGGGAGAUUUUAAAGCGAAGGAGAAUAUCGAGCCUGAUUAUGGCCCCUCGCCUGAGAUUCCUGCUGCUUGGAGAGGAGCAUAAGACUUGGAAUCCUUGAUACGAUUACUCGGAUUUGUACCGAUAUGUAUUUUUACGUUGGGUUUAACUUAAUAUUUCCCGUUACUGGCGUUGAAGUGGAUGUUUGAGUUUCGGAGGCUUGGGGCGCGAUAUAGAGUAGUGACUUUAGAAUGAUACCCUAUUCCAUGAUGUGGCGAAUUGACGAAAGUUGCCUUUGUGUUAUAAAUUCAACGAUGUACCCAUAUUCCAAGACGGUCUCUCUAGCCUUCAAAUUUGGGUCUUCGAAUUUCAAAUACUGGUGAUUGAUAUGUGGACAAAGCCCAACCACUCUUUGAUAUUUGCUGCCUUCCUCUUUCAUGUUUUUCUCUUGUUACAGAUGCACUUGUCUAUGGUGUAUUCGGUUUUAAUCGACAGUGUAUGCUGCUGUGGGCUUUUCAAAUCCACAACUCGUCCCAUCUGUAACCAGAACCUUCUCUUCCUCAACCUGCUUAUACUUUCCC